GUAGAGACAGCGGGGACGUCUGUCAUCUGUUGACAAUCAGGAAUCAAAAGCACUGCGGGACUUGCCGAGACCGAAGAUCAAUACGUGCCUUGUCUCCCACCGGCAACUUCAAGUCCCAACACUUACAAGAUCGAAAUCAUCGAAUGAUAUAAAAAUCACAGUAGUAUCCUUCCAAGUGUCCUUGAUGUCGGUCACGCGGCCCCAUAGGGUGCUGUUCAUUCCGGAGUUGUUGGACAUCAUUCUCAGCUUUACCGACGAAGAUGACCAUGUAAUCAACGCGUGCGUUUGCAAGCAAUGGUCAGAGAUUGCUCUGGACAUCAUUUGGAGGGAGGUGAACAAUCUCUCCCGGCUUCUUACUCUCUUGAGGCCAUACAAGACAAAGGGAAGAUACCAUUUCUUCGAUGGACUGCCAGAUUCAAGAGACUGGGCGAGAUUUCGGAAGUAUGCCAAUCGUGUGCGCAUUCUGCGAUACCAGCAGGACAGGGAAGUGGACUUUUCUGGUCUGCUCGAUGAUAUGGCCAGGACGAGGACAAUGCUCGAGAUGCUUCCGAAUCUGCAUACUCUGGAGUGGGUCUACGAAGAUGUCGACUGCAUGGAACGAGCCACAUUAUUCAUGCAUCAGCGCCUGAGGCACCUCAUUAUAUCUGCCCCUCCUCUCCGACACAAAGAUAAAGUUGCAUUUUCUGUCGACGUAUGCGUCCGCGCGCCACACCUCCAGUCGCUUGACCUCCGCGUUCCCUACCGCGCGCAAUACAUGGAGACAGCCCUUUUGGAGCUUCUUCGAGGUCUUCCAGAUCUGAAAAAGGUCAUUUUCCCCGAAUUUUUCCUCACGUCGACCAUCGUCUCUGAGCUCUCGCGGAUGAAACACAUCAAUAUUGUGCAAUUCGAGUAUGGGUAUGAACAAGGGUUCGGUGAAGAAAAAGAUGUGGAUUCUUUUGCGCCAGUCCUUGAGCAAGGAGCAUUUCCCGCGCUGUGGGACCUAGCCGUUACUGCUCGCAUUGGGGAUGUCGUGCAAUUCAUGAAUGCGGACUUUGCGCCCAUCAAUCUCACAUCCAUAUACAUCAACACCUACGUUGAACACAAACCCGAGGAACUACACACGUUGCUAGCCACGCUCUCAGACAGAUGCCGCCGUCUCUCCCAACUGUACAUCUUACUAGCGCACCACGUCACUGGACAACUGGAGCUCGUCCCCGCAAACCAAAUCACGUUCAACACCCUUAGACCACUACUUUCAUUCCCAAAUCUCGUUACAUUCCAGGUCACGCACAAAUACCCGGUUAACAUUACUCUGGAGGAGAUUGAGGAGCUUGCAUCCCGGUGGCCGUCCCUCGAGAAUCUGACUUUGAAUGAGGAACCGCUUGUCAUGCAUGAAUUUACACUUGACUUGCGAGCUCUCGUCCCCUUUGCCCGCCACUGCCCUAAGCUGCGCCGGCUAGGUCUUUUCAUUGACGCCACUCCUGCAAAGAUCCCUCCCACACUAGAAUUGAAGCCCUUUGUAGCCCUCUCUGUCUUGUCUGUCGGAACGUCGCGAGCACACGAUCCGGAAUCCAUCGCUGUGUUCAUGAGCCACCUGUGUCCACCUGGAUGCAAACUCGAGGUUGGCGUAACCUGGACAUCGUUUGGUUCCCGUUCAUGUCGUGUGCUCGAUGAUGACGUGCGGGUGGAGAUAGGAAGACGUUUCCAUCCUUGGAAGUGCGUCAGGGAUAUCUUGCCCGUCCUUAUUCAGCUCCGGAGGGAGGAAAGAGAAAAAUCGAGGGCUCUACAAGAGGAAGUUGAGGAUUUGAGGACGAGGAAUCAUUUGUUGAUGGACAGGGUUGGCAUCAAGGCCAACGAUUCGUGCAUCAUUGGAUAAGCACCUGGCUUGCCGACGCGUUUGGACUCGGUUGUCCAUUGUUUUGAUUGUCAGCUGAGACACGUUGCAGAUGUACACUUACCUGGAGAUGUUUCACAUGUGAUCACCCCGAGGGGGUCUCCUCGUUCUCGACCAGCUAUCCUGUUAUACUCGUGUGUUCUAGAAAUAUGUCGUACUGACAUCCGAUGAGGAUUUGCACGACUGAAAACCAUCUGCCAUACUAUGCUCCUGUACUAUACGUACGAGUGUGUUCUGUAUAUAUUAGGAACUUUUUUUGAUUCGGAUAAA